AUGUUUUCUUUCUGGUCAUUACAGACACAUGGAGGCCAAAGGAGACCUAAACAUCAAGGUGGUCGAGGCCGUAAAGUCUUCACUGGGGCAUCACGACCGAAGAGAUGUCAGAGGAUUCACGUUGGAGAGAAACCGUACACCUGUGAUCAGUGUGGAGCAGCUUUUGCUCAAGCUGAUGCUUUAAAAAGGCACCAACGUAUUCACACUGGAGAGAAACCUUACAGAUGUGAUCAGUGUGGAGCAGCUUUCAGUCAGUCAGGUCAUUUACAAAGUCACCAACGUAUUCACACUGGAGAGAAACCUUACAGAUGUGAUCAGUGUGGAGCAGCUUUCAGUCAGUCAGGUGAUUUAAAAAGUCACCAACGUAUUCACACUGGAGAGAAACCUUACAGAUGUGAUCAGUGUGGAGCAGCUUUCAAUCAGUCAGGUCAUUUACAAAGUCACCAACGUAUUCACACUGGAGAGAAACCUUACAGGUGUGAUCAGUGUGGAACAGCUUUCACUAUAUCUGGUGCUUUAAAAAGUCACCAACGUAUUCACACUGGAGAGAAACCUUACAAAUGUGAUCAGUGUGGAGCAGCUUUCACUAUAUCUGGUGCUUUAAAAAGUCACCAACGUAUACACACUGGAGAGAAACCUUACAGAUGUGAUCAGUGUGGAGCAGCUUUCACUACAUCUGGUGCUUUAAAAAGUCACCAACGUAUUCACACUGGAGAGAAACCUUACAGGUGUGAUCAGUGUGGAGCAGCUUUCACUGUAUCUGGUGCUUUAAAAAGUCACCAACGCAUUCACACUGGAGAGAAACCUUACAGGUGUGAUCAGUGUGGAGCAGCUUUCACUAUAUCUGGUGCUUUAAAAAGUCACCAACGUAUUCACACUGGAGAGAAACCUUACAAGUGUGAUCAGUGUGGAGCAGCUUUCAGUCAGUCAGGUGCUUUAAAAAGUCACCAACGUUGUCACACUGGAGAGAAACCUUACAGAUGUGAUCAGUGUGGAGCAGCUUUCAAUCAGUCAGGUCAUUUAAAAAGGCACCAACGCAUUCACACUGGAGAGAAACCUUACAGGUGUGAUCAGUGUGGAGCAGCUUUCACUGUAUCUGGUGCUUUAAAAAGUCACCAACGUAUACACACUGGAGAGAAACCUUACAAGUGUGAUCAGUGUGGAGCAGCUUUCAGUCAGUCAGGUCAUUUAAAAAGUCACCAACGUUUUCACACUGGAGAGAAACCUUACAGGUGUGAUCAGUGUGGAGCAGCUUUCAGUCAGUCAGGUGCUUUAAAAAGGCACCAACGCAUUCACACUGGAGAGAAACCUUAAAUGUGCCAGGAGGAUGGUGCAGCUUUUAUUCAUUCAGACUAUUAAAACAAAUGAUACUAAAUGUUGUGGAAAAUCUAAUGUGUACUGCUGGAUUAAAACUUUAUUAACAAAGGUAUCACUAAGAAGACCUGUGAGGUAAAACAAAUGAUAUUGUGGAGAAAAGUCAGUUAAGGAUACGGUUCUGUGGUGAGAAGUCAACUCAGGACACUGUUCGCUAAACGACCCUUUCUGAUUAAUGAGAGCUACGUGACCAACUCCAGGGCGAGAUGACCGGGACGGAAUGCGAGGAAAACAAGCCAGAGUAAACAGAAGUUCUGUGACUGGAAAGAUCAGGAGAUGUUUUUCCCCUACAAGGAUUGUGCAAGCAGAUGUGUGUGCGAAGGAGUGUGUGUGUUAAUGUGGAGAAAGGGUUGAUGGAAGCCAGAUGUGGGAGAGAGAACUUUUGUAGGGAAAGGAGGGGUCGAGAGAGGAGUUUAAAAGAUCCUGCGUAGCAGGACUCUGUUAGUUCGUGUGUCUUGAAUUCACCAGCAACCUUGUGCACUGCAAUAAAUCAUUUAAAGAAAGUAUCAGAGUCCGAUUCUCUUUAACGCGCGGAGUGAAGUUAAUUGUCGAAGCCGAAGCCGACCGGGGGAGAAGGAGAGAGGGAAGCCGACAAGGAGCUCCAGCUGGGAGGCGCGCCCCUUCUCGUGGACGGAGCACGGUCCCGGAGUCGGGGACCCGACCGGGCAAAAUCCACAACAUAAUUGGUGACCCCGACGCUUUAUCUUCGAUUAUCCCGCUGGAGCAUAUAUCAGAAUUCUGGUUAACUUGCUUUCUCUUCUUUUCCCCGACCAAUCGAGGGACGGAGCGCGAUACGAAAAACCGAAGGGCGACGGACGGAGAAACGGCGAACGUAUCAACAGAAACCCGGAAAACGAUGUUAGAAGGGAGUUGGAGGAGGAGCCAAGGAUCAAACCAGGAGAUCUCGUGUACGUGAAGGUGUUCCGCAGACAGUGGAACAGCCCGAGGCGAGAGGGGCCGUACGAGGUUACACAUGCAACCAGAAUAGCAGUUCAGGCCCAAGGGAAACCUACGGGGUUUCAUCUAUCCCACUGCACGCCAGCAUCCGCGACACGAACAGAUGUUGUCAGCCAAAGGGACUCUCCCGAGUCUCUGGCUCCUGAUGAUGGGUCUCAUGAUGUAUCAGGGGGGGGCCGGGCAUGGCAGCCAGAGAUGGUCCCGCCUUCUGAACCAGAUCCCGGACGGGACCUGGUCCAACCUAACCAAUGCCUGCUACAGCUGUGUUGAUCAAAAUACCCCUGUAGGGGUACAUGCCCAUUGAAAGCAGAGUUUUCCCUUGCCCCACCUUCAGCUACAGACGUGGAAGGCCAGUGUGGAGACUCCAUGACACUCGAGGUGUCAGAGGGUGGAGAGUUAUAGACUGGAAACCGGUUGGAGAAAAAGAAAGAAGGGACUGAAAUGUUUAAAUACAGUCAUGAAGUGAUGAACAAAUGAAUAAUGACAUGUAUAACAUCUGUUUGAUUAACAGGCGGGGACCGUAGGAUGUCGAUGGACUUAAUUUUUAUAUACGCUUAUGUUUAUCAAUCAAAACACAAUUUAAAGGAUAAGAUACUCACAUAAUACAUAUAGGAGAUGCGUCGUUAACUAAGGGAGGAGUAGACGGUUAAACAGCGCGAGAGGGUGGAAAUAAAAGACCGGGGUGGUAGAAUCGAGGAAGGAAGUUCUGGAUACAGAGUAAACUGCUUAGGAGGAUGACCCAAGACCCCGGGUCAUCGAGUAGAUGGCUCUGUGAGGGUACAAGUCCAACGUGUACCCAAGCAGAGGGUCAUAUGUCGUUUUUCCUUGAA